AUGGAUUGGAGCGACGAUGGUUCAAUCGAGGAGCACGUAGGAAACGAGCAUGUUCCAGAAUACUUGGAGCAAUUUCUAAGGUCUAGAGGCAUGAAGCAGCGGGCUUCGGAAUAUUCUAAGCGCCGAAUUAGACUGUUUUACGGAUUAGAAGAAGAGAACCCGAAUCCUGAUGAGCCAGACGAAGACGAGGAGUCGAGUCUUAAUGAGUCAGACGAAGAUGACGAAGAUGAGGUUGUUCUGAGAAACGGGAGUUUGAGUCGAUAUAACACUCCGCUGGAUACCGAUGGUCUGGAGGUAGGUGAACUAGUGGUUGAUGGUGAAAGUCCUGCCAUAAUAGAACAGAAUGAACAGAAUGAACAGAAUGAACCGAUGGAUGAACGAACGAAUGAACGAACGAAUGAACCCACCAACGUACAGAGGAACCAACAAAGGAACGAACCCACCAACGUACAGAGGAACCAACAAAGGAACGAACCCACCAACGUACAGAGGAACCAACAAAGGAACGAACGGAGGAGAGGACAAACGGACGAAGAAGUUAACGAACUAAUGAAUUCGCCUGGAUUUCUUCCAUGGGUUGACCUUGCUCCUGAAACUAUAGAUAGAUUGCUGUCGGGAAUUAGGUGGACUGAACACGAUGUGGAUGAAGACGACGAAGAUGACGAAGACGACGACGAUGACGAAGAUGACGACGACAGUGAUUUGGAUGAUGAGGAAUUCGAUCUGGAGGAACUGGAAGAAGAGCAUGAUGCCCAUGCUCGUCACCGUCAUAUGGCCGACUUUGUUACAGCCAUGCUUCUGGAUAUUCUCGACCCCGAACAGGGCCAGCUGUACAUCACAGAAACCGCCGUUGAAACUUUCCAACGAUUCCGAAGUGGAACCCUCAGUCUAGAGCAGUUUGUCAGGAGAAUGGAAGCUCUCAAUCGAGAAGAAAAUGGCGAGUACGAUGACGAAGACGACGACGAUGACGAUGACGAUGACGACGACGAUGAUGACGAUGAUGACGAUGAUGACGAUGAUGACGAUGAUGACGAUGAUGACGAUGAUGACGAUGAUGACGAUGAUGAUGAUGACGAGGAUGCGGAAAACUCAGACGAAAUUGAAGAGGAAGAGGAAGAACCUGGAAUGUUCAGUUACGUACGAGGUCAUACCAUCUCUCGAAACCUCAAUCAGACUCAAGGCUAUGCUGCAUAUGCUAGGAUGCAGCAUAUUCGAGGUGUUGAACUUCUUCACGCCGAUUCUGCCGACCCGGGCGAACCUCAUGAGACAGAAUUCGUUGUUAGCUCGAUUCCGGACCACUUGAGGUACAUGGAUCGGUUUGGCUUAAUACCCAAUAAUAACGAGCUCGAGCCACGAGCGAUCCGCCAGUCGAUAUAUCCUAUAAAUUCACAGUCGGCAUACUUGGAUUGGGAAUGUCAUGACGAAUUAACACAAAGAGAAAUCACCGCUCCUGGUACUGUAUAUCUGUCAAGGCAUGGGGACGAUGGCUAUGAUGGAGGCCUCAAGGAUCCAUAUCGACCUGGCUUAACUUCCGUUGACACCAUCAGCUUCUCAUCUGUGAUGAAAGACUCGCCAAGCUCCAAAUUUCGUGAUGGUUUGAAAGUUUCAUUCGUCGACUACAAAAGAAUCAACCAGGCAGGAGCAGCACGCAAGUAUAAAAACAACAUUGCUGGGAUUAUCAAGGAUUCUGAUGGCCGCGAGUUCCUCGUAACGGCUUGUGAAUCGUGUCUUGUAUUCCAUGAAUUCGAUCCACUUACUCAACAUCCUCAGACCGAAGUCUGCUUUGCGUUCGAAACCAAACCUAGUUACACCACUGCUUGGGAUAGGCUUGUAUCGACGUCGCCUGAAAACCCACACACGAUUAACUAUUUGAAGGUGUAUGAUAACUGGCUUGGUCAACAGGUAUUGGCAGUUUGCAUUGAUGAUGGCAUGGUUUUGAUGUGGUACACCUCUACUAUUACAGAGCAAAUGAGCAAGCAUCGACAAAGAUUCCGUGGAUCCGUCAACUUGGACGAAAUGGAAAGAGCCAUUUAUUCGGUGAAAAUCAAGCCUGAUUUCAAGAUCAGAUUAAAAAAAUCGGCUUGGGGUAUUGAUUUGCUGACUUACACGGAUUCCCUCGGAGACACACACCAUGUUAUUGUAACAUCUGAUAAUUCGCAAACGAUCACUCUCUUAUACUAUCAUGUUGGCGAUCAACAGUUCUACAGCGAAGAGAGCAAGCAGACCCUGCAUAACAUUCCCGAGGUGUCAUUCAUCCGAUUUUAUGAUAACGAUGGUCUUCAUUACGUAUUCGUUGCCGCUGCCUCUAUAUCGGCAGAACUUGUCACUUUCGGAUUCAUGUUCUAUAUUCAACGUGGACCUCUUUCUCUAGCCCAUGACGAGCUUUCAGGAAAAACUCACAUUACCAAUGUUCAACCAAGCUACCAUGUGAUGGGUGACGUGGAGGCGCCGUUGGCUCCUCGUAUACGGUCUUCUCUAGAAAGACUUGAUCUUGUGGCUAUUAUGUUGAUCAAUCGCACCGAGUUGCCCGAAGAUUCCUGGACGGUCAAAGUCAUUGAUCCCCGGUGGUUCUUACCUGUUCAAUCACUCCGAGCAAUGACAGGUGAUCCUUCUAUCCGUGAAGAGAAGGAAAUCACCAGAAUCAUGAAUGAAUCGCGGCUUUUGAAUGGCCAGUGUGAUCCCUUGCAGACAAGCUUUCUUGGUCUUGCUGCAGAGUACCAAUUUUACGAGACACCUGUUGUCGAUAUUGAGGGAAAGGAGGCAGAGCAGGAAGACAAAGAGAAGGAGAGCGCUAGAGUUUACAGUAUUGACGAAGAGUACCAACGGAUCCACAAAAGUAUGAAAAAGUUUCACGAUGAUUGGGCCGAGGAACCUAUUCAGUCGGUGAACGGAAAGUGGUAUCUUAAACUUCUGAGUUUUCUCAAGAUAGGUAAGCUUGCACCUAUACUUGCAAUGACCACCGAGCACAGAGCGUGUCUCUUUCUGAGUCAGACCUUGAUUUGUUACGGCGCCACAAGAAGAAUCUUUAACCUCUCGAAACAUCCUAGAACCCACAUAGACGAUGCCUCGGCCAGGUUAUCGAUUUCUCAUGUCAUCCCCGAACUUCUGUGUUUCAUUGUGAUAUCACAGCAGGGUCUCGCAUCGAUCUUCAGACUCUGCAAACACCGCGGUGUUUAUGGCAUGCGUCAAGAACACAUUCUUCCAAGCGCUCGUAGUCUUCUGGAGAUAUACGCGGGAGGGAAGACGAUUUGCGGUUUGGCGGUUAGACGAGCAAGUGCAGCGGUUGAAGACCCUCGGUACCUCAUCUACAUAACUUAUACUGACGGGUUGGUGAUAACUUACGAACUUCGUCUUCCGGAAAAGCUGGCUAUGAAUAUCAUCGAUGUCUGA